UCAGCCGAACAAACUUGUUCACCUUGGACCUACAAGUAUUGGCGAUUUGAGAUUUGAGCUUGUCCCCCACUGUUCCUGUGCAAGCAAGGACCAGAAAAAUGAAUAUCCAGGGGAAAGGCUUCCCCUUGGACCUUGGAGGAAGCUUCACUGAAGAUGCUCCGAGGCCACCGGUUCCUGGUGAGGAGGGGGAACUCGUGUCCACGGAUCCAAGGCCGGUUAGCCAUGGUUUCUACUCUGGUAAAAGCGACGUGCUUAGGAACGAGACGUCCACGGCAACACCGAGGCGCUCCGAUUUGGAUUUGGGGUACGAGCCUGAGGGGAGUGCUUCGCCAACUCCACCCUACCUGAAGUGGGCCGAGUCGCUGCACUCCUUGCUGGAUGAUCAAGACGGUAUCAACCUCUUCAGGACUUUCCUGAAACAGGAGGACUGCGCAGAUCUGCUGGACUUCUGGUUUGCCUGCAGCGGCUUCAGGAAGCUGGAGCCGUGCACGUCUAAUGAGGAAAAAAGACUCAAGCUGGCAAAAGCCAUUUACAAAAAAUACAUCCUCGACAACAACGGCAUUGUGUCUCGGCAGAUCAAACCGGCCACAAAAAGCUUCAUCAAAGACUGCGUCAUGAAACUGCAGAUUGACCCCGACAUGUUUGACCAGGCCCAAACAGAGAUUCAGUGCAUGAUAGAAGAUAAUACCUACCCUUUGUUCCUUAAGUCGGAUAUUUAUUUGGAAUACACGAGGACAGGUGGGGAAAGUCCAAAAAUUUAUAGUGACCCGAGCUCAGGGUCUGGGACAGGUAAAGGGCUACCCGGUUAUCUGCCGACUCUGAACGAGGACGAGGAGUGGAAAUGUGACCAAGAGGCCGAGCCCGAGGCCGGCAGGGACUCGGCACCCUCCAGCAGGCUCACGCAGAAGCUGCUUCUGGAGACGGCCACCCAGCGCGCCGCCUCGGCUCGGCGCUACAGCGAGGGGAGGGAGUUCAGGCAUGGGUCGUGGCGAGAGCCUGUUAACCCUUACUAUGUCAACACGGGCUACGCUUUGGCGCCGGCGACCAGUGCCAACGACAGCGAGCAGCAGAGCAUGUCCAGUGAUGCCGAUACGAUGUCGCUGACGGACAGCAGCGUAGAUGGGAUCCCACCGUACAGACUCCGAAAGCAGCAUCGCCGAGAGAUGCAAGAAAGUGCCAAAGCAAAUGGACGUGUGCCACUACCUCACAUUCCUCGUACGUACCGAAUGCCAAAGGAUAUCCACGUCGAACCAGAGAAGUUUGCUGCAGAAUUGAUCAACCGUUUGGAGGAAGUACAGAAGGAACGUGAAGCAGAGGAGAAAUUAGAGGAGCGCCUUAAACGCGUUCGAGCG